UUUAUAGACUGACUGAGCAUUUAGAGCGGCAGUGCAUUCUUUCGGCACACCGGUCUAUGCUCCCGCUGCCCCAUUUGUUGUUCAGACUGUGACCGUUCAAGCCACAACAGCUACCAUGACGACCUCUGAAAAGUUUGUCAAGCUCCGCAGCUCUGAUGACAAGGAGUUUGAAGUGCCCGUGAAGAUUGUCGGCAUGAGCGUCACUAUCAAGAACAUGCUCGAAGAUUUGGGCUUGGGCGACAGCGAUGAGUCCCCCAUCCCCUUGCCCAAUGUGUCGGGCAGCAUUUUGGAAAAGGUGAUUGAGUAUUGCACGGAGCAUCAGCAUGAUGACCCGCAACCCGAUGAUGACCUGGCGCACGUCGACAAUGACGAGCCCGAAGGCUUUGACGCUGAGUUUGUCCGUGACAUGGACCAGGGCACUCUCUUCCAUCUGAUCCUGGCUGCCAACUUUCUCGACAUCAAGUCACUUUUGGACCUCACAUGCAAACACGUCGCAAGCAUGAUCAAAAACAAGGGUCCCCAGGAGAUUCGGGAUCAGUUCAACAUUCGCAACGACUUUACCCCCGAGGAGGAGGAGCGGGUCCAAAAGGAGAAUGAUUGGACAAAUUCGGGUUCCAACCCAUAGACACGCAAGUGAAUACCCAUCCGUUUCACUGUUGUCGUUUCGAGGGGGUCCUAGCGUCCUCUUCUUCUUAUACACUUGCCGUCCGAGUUGCCAUCUUUCGCUGUGUCAUGCACUAUUUGCCUUGGUGCCGCCCCCUCGAUUUGUUGCCGCCCAUUCUUCCUGCGUUGUAUGAUGUUUUACAUACGCCGCAAAGGCUUUGACCUUGAGGUGCCAUUUACUUUUGAAAGGGUUCGCUACAUCAUGUCAAAGUGUCAUGUGGACCUGUAUCUUGCAGAAAAUUGUAAAAACGAUC